AUGCACCCCGCAAAUGGAAAUGACGUGGCGCCUGGGAUCCGCUCCUUCCCCGGCGCCAUGGAGGCACCACGGAGUCAGGUACGAUCCUUCACCUUCCGAUUGGCCACACCGCCACGCCAGCAGAGAACGACACCAGCUCCCCCCUUGACGAUAGCAUCGCUCGUGCUGUCAUCAUGUUGCAUCGUCCGCUGCAGCCUCGGCCCCGCCGCCGAAUCGGGAGAGCUCGAGCCUCGACGGCUGCCGACCCUUUCUCGCCCUUGGCCUCGCCGGUUAAAUAUCCGAGAUUCCCUCGUCGCCCCGCGGGGGGGCCCGUUUUCGUCCAGAGUCGCCUGCUCGCCCUCGUCCAGAGUCGCCUGCUCGCCCUCGUCACGACGACGCCUACGCACGACGCACGACGACGCAGCCGCCAUCAUGCGUUCCCCCUCGGCGUCGACGCUGCUGCGGCUGCUCCCCAUGCUCGCCACCGCCGCGGCGGAGCCGGAGCUGGAGCCUCACGUGCUCGCCCAUAGAUCCCUCGUCGACGGCACCUGGGCGGCGCAGACUCGACGCGAUCUCGACGGCCUCAGCGCCUUUGGCGACUUUUCCACCUGCGGUGGCUGCCACAGCAUCCUGAGCGCCAUCAAGGCCAUCGUCGAGACGGGCAACGAGACAUUCUUCGACCUCGCCAAGAAGCUCUGCGCCGCCGGCACGCAAUACGACGCCGACUACUGCGGCGGCAUCAUCGAGAUCGAAGGCCCCGUCAUCGCGAGCAUCAUCAAGUCGAUGGACAUCCCCUCCAAGACGGCCGAUCAGUUCUGCAUCACCUUUCUCGGCGUCUGCAAGAAUCCCGAGGUCGAGAAGUGGUCCGUUCCCUUUCCGUCGCCGAGGUACUGCGACGUCGUGCGCGAGCCGCCGAGCGGCAAGGCGCCCCUCCAGGUCAUCCACUACUCCGACAUCCACAUCGACCCGGCCUACGAGGAGGGAUCCAGCACGACGUGCAAGAAGCCCAACUGCUGCCAACGAGACACCAAGGCCGAGGCCGCCGGCACGUCCGCAUCGCCGGCGGGGCCCAACGGGGACCACAACUGCGACGUGCCGGUGACGCUGGAGCGGAGCAUGUACAAGGCCAUCGGGGACAUGUUUCCCGACGCCGCCUUUGCCCUCUUCACCGGCGACAUUAUCGACCACGGCAUGCACAACACGAGCAUGUCCUUUAACGAGGGGCAGAUCGAGGACGCCUACGGCAAGAUGAACGAGCACAUCAAGGUCGUGUACGGCACGGCCGGCAACCACGAAGCCCACCCGUCCAACAUCUUCGAGCCCAACGGGCUCGGCAACGGCAGCCACUGGGUGUACGACACGCUGACGGACGAGUGGGCGCGAUGGAUCGGCAACGACACGGAGGCGUCGCACGACGCCCGGGCCCUCGGCGCCUACUCGACCAAGUACCCCAAGGGCAACCUGCGCGUCAUCUCGCUCAACACGAACAUGUACUACCGCUUCAACUUUGUGCUGUACCAGACGCAGAUGGAGCGGGACCCCAACGGCCAGAUCGAGUGGCUCGUGCGCGAGCUCGACGCGGCCGAGAGGGCGGGCGAGAACGUCUACAUCAUCGGCCACAUGCCCAUGGGCGAGAGGGACGCGCUCGGCGACGGCGCCAACUACUUUGACCAGGUCGUCCGGCGCUACUCGACGACCAUCAAGGCCAUGUUCUUCGGCCACACGCACGUCGACCACUUCGAGGUGAGCUACUCGGACUACGCGAAGCGCUCGUCCGACAACGCCGUGGCCAUGUCGUACAUCUGCCCGUCGCUGACGCCGACGUCGGGCAUGCCCUCGUUCCGCGUCUACGACGUCGACCCCGAGACGUUUGCCGUCCUCGACGCGACGACGUACACGGCCGACAUGUCGGACCCGUCCUUCCAGGCCAAGGGCGGGCCGACGUGGAAGAAGUACUACUCGGCCAAGGAGGCCUACGGCGGCGCCGUGAAGCCGCCGAUGACGGACGCCAAGGCCGAGCUGACGCCGGCGUUUUGGCACAACGUCACCGAGGCGCUCGAGGCCGACGACGGCCUCUUCGACGCCUACAUGUCGCGCAAGACGCGCGGCUGGAAGGACGAGGCCAAGUGCCGCGACAAGUGCAAGGCGCUCGAGAUCUGCCAGAUGCGCGCCGGCCGCAGCGAGGACAACUGCUACGUCGCCGAGCCGGGCGUGCACUUUUCGAAGCGCUCCGACGACGUCGAGCACGGCCACCGCGACGAGUGCGGCUCCUCGACGGCGAGGACGAUUUUCGGCGAGCUCGCGAAGCGCAACGACAUGCUCGCGAUGCUGCAGGACGCCUACGUCGGCUCCGGCGCCCGCGUGCGGAAGUACAAGCGCGCCGACGAGCCGACGCAGUCGGCAACGACGACGACGACGACGACGGACGAGUGCGUGCCGAGGACGAAGGCGUCAAGCCCUCCCGGCAGCGCCGCGUCCACCAAGGCGAGCUCGACGGGCGGCGCCGUCGCCGUCGGUUCCAUCGGCGUCCUCGGCAUGCUCGCCCUCGGCGCCUUGGCCGUGUGA